CCCAAUCAACAGUCGCUUCGAGCUGCCGUCGCUGCUCCUUCCCUCGGUUCUCAUUCACCGGGCUUCAGGCGUCCCACUUGCCAACUGCAGCUCCGAUAGCCCGACUGCUGCCCACGGCCGGCCCGACCCGGCGCGUCUCACCAUCCGUCAUCUUUCAUAUACUGCCGUGGUCCGCCUUUCCUCCUCCCUUCUUUCCCACUAUGUCGUCAGUCGCAACCGCCGCCUUCCGUGCUCCUCUCCUUCGUGCGCCAGCCUGGGCUCGUGCCGCCGUCACUCCGGUUUCUUGCAGCUUCCGUGCGACACCUGCGUCGUCCUUGCCACGAGCCUCCACUCUCUUCGUCCACUACCAGCCCAGCCGGCGCACCAUGGCCACCGACGCACCUGCCAAGAUCAAGGUCAAGAACCCUGUCGUCGAGCUCGAUGGCGACGAGAUGACCCGCGUGAUCUGGAAGGACAUCAAGGAGAAGUUCAUCUUUCCUUACCUGGAUAUCGACCUCAAGUACUACGACCUUGGCCUCGAGUACCGCGACGAGACGAACGACCAAGUCACCCUGGAUGCCGCCGAGGCCAUCAAGAAGUACUCGGUCGGCGUGAAGUGCGCGACCAUCACCCCCGAUGAGGCCCGUGUCAAGGAGUUCAACCUCAAGCAGAUGUGGCUCUCGCCGAAUGGCACCAUCCGCAAUGCGCUCGGGGGCACUGUCUUCCGUGAGCCCAUCGUGAUUCCGCGCAUCCCUCGCCUCGUGCCGGGGUGGAAGAAGCCGAUUAUCAUCGGCCGCCACGCCUUCGGCGACCAGUACCGGGCGAAGGACUUGGUUGUCCCGGGCCCGGGCAAGCUCAGCAUGGUCUACACCCCCACAGGCGGCGUGCCGCAAGAGAUCGAGGUGUUCCAGUUCAAGAACGGCGGUGGUGUUUCGCAGACCCAGUACAAUACCGAUGAGAGCAUCACCGGCUUUGCCCAUGCCAGCUUCAAGCUUGCCCUGGACAAGAAGCUGCCCCUGUACAUGAGUACGAAGAACACGAUCCUUAAGAAGUACGACGGCCGCUUCAAGGACAUUUUCCAGGAGCUGUACGAUACCCAGUACAAGGCCGAGUUCGAGGCCAACGGCAUUUGGUACGAGCACCGUCUGAUCGACGACAUGGUCGCUCAGAUGAUCAAGAGCAGCGGCGGUUACAUUAUGGCGCUGAAGAACUACGACGGCGACGUCCAGUCGGAUAUUGUCGCCCAGGGCUUCGGCUCCCUGGGCUUGAUGACCUCGGUCCUCAUCACCCCGGAUGGCAAGACCUUCGAGUCUGAAGCCGCCCACGGCACCGUGACCCGCCACUACCGCGAACACCAGAAGGGCCGUGAGACCUCCACCAACCCCAUUGCUUCCAUCUUCGCCUGGACUCGUGGCUUGAUCCAGCGUGGCAAGAUGGACGGGACCCCGGAGGUUGUUGCCUUCGCCGAGAGCCUCGAACGGGCUUGCAUUGACACGGUGGACAUUGACGGCAUCAUGACCAAGGACUUGGCUCUUGCGUGUGGCAAGACCGCUCGUGAGGACUAUGUCACCACAAGCGAGUACCUCAGCGCCGUCGAGAGGAGGCUGAAGCAGAGCUUGAAGGAGAAGCUCUAAGAAGGCUGAUGACGCAGGCGAAUGCUGGCCUGAGAAACUCGGGCCACUUCAAGCUUCAGUGCUGCAUCGGAAUGGAGAUGAUCAUCUUCCGCGUUGACACCCGCAAACUGUCAGCCAGCCCUCUCAGGCGCUAGGCUCGCGUUUGGUUACACCUUGGAAGAGCAGUCAGUGGUUUGAAUCGUUUAGAUCCCGCAUUGCAUGUCGAGGGUCAUUCUGGAUGCGUCUCUCCUGCCGUGGGGUCAUUUGCAUAACGCACUGCUAGCGUACCAUGUACAUACAUAGGGCGUUGCCGGCCGUGUGACAGACGAAUUCCUGUAUAUAGACACUUUUCGGGGCAG